AUGGACCUGGUCAUCGUCCACCUGGUCCUGAUCCACACCCUAAUGCUCCUUACCAGAGUGGUCACUGUGUCAGCAUCAACUCAGCAUCUACGGCUCCUGCAGACGGAUGUCGGAUGUCAGACGUUCGCCGCUGUGUACUGGGUGACCAGAGGCCUCUCCAUCAGCACCACCGGCUUCAUGAGUACAGUCCAGGUCGUGAUCAUCAGUCCCAGUUCCUCUCUCUGGGCCCAGCUCAAAGCCCGGGUACAAAAGACAAUUUUCACAAUCUUUAUCCUACUGUGGCUUCUCAACUCGAUCGUGGACAUCAACCUCCUGUUCGACACCAUUGCAUCUCCCAGCGUGAUCAGCCGCGAGCCCAGAUUCAGUGAUGACUACUGUUCUAUCAAGCCCAUCAGCAGCCUUGUAGGGCUGUUCCUCUUCUUUAUGUCACUCUGCGACCUACUCUCCGUGGGAAUCAUGGGAAGCUCCAGUGGCUACAUGGUCUUCCUCCUCUUCUGA